AUGAUAAUGUUCUUGUUCCGCCUCCGGGCCCCCUCACGUGACAUUCAAAUUAAAAACUCCGACCCGCUACACUACAAUUUCCUCCCCCACUUAAGAGCUUGGCCCCAUCAAGCUCAAACGUCUCUUCGACGAACUUCUAGAGUGAGGAGUCCGAGAUCCUGGCAAAGCCUUCUAAGCGUGCAUUCCGAGCGGCUGUCCGACCGCAAAACUUCGCCCCUCAGUGCAGAGCCAGCCGCCCGAUGUCAGAAAACCUCUCUCAGUCUUCCUGUUACCUUCUCCAAUUGCCUUUCGGGUUCACCGAUUGCAGCACUCAACUCCCUCCUCGGAUGCAUCGAAGUUGACUACCAACAUCCGCAGUGCAUUCCUAGAUCAUGCCCACCGAUCUGGAUAGCCGCGCGCCCGGACUUUGAGGCAGAAAACCAAUUCUCGAUACACCGCAACGCUGCGCCCUUAUCGCCUAGCCUUAUCGCCUAUGCUACUUCGAACGCUACACAAUGUAGGAAGUUAAGGGAGCAGAUUGCCUGCGAGCUUAGAUUUAACGUUUGCUAG